AUGUCGCCGGCCCCUUCCCGGUCGCCGUCCGCCGGCGGCGGCGAGGGCGCCGAGCUCCGCCGCCGAGCUCCGCCGCGUCCACCGCGCCGACUGUGUUCGCCCCGCCCCAGCGGCGCUGGGCACGCCCCCGCCACGCCCCCGACGGCGCUUCCGGAUCGAGGCCCCGCCCCUCCGGAAUCCCCCGGACCCGCGCUUGCUCCUUUCUCGAAUCCAGCUCCCUAUUCUCCCUUGUACCUGACUUUCCCCUUGGAGCCUGGCUCCUAUUCGACCCUCAACCAGCAGCACCUGGCAAUGAGGACCUUCCGGGGCCAGGCCCCCUAUCCCCUCCUGGCCUGGGGGAGGGGCGUGGGCGGGGCCUCGAGGACCCCUGAGCUCAAGCUAGAGGGCCUCGGCCAGCCUGUCCUCCGGCGGGGACGCGGGGGCUGCCGAGCUGGGAGGGUGGACCAGGGAGUCGGUGGUGUCGCCCGCGCUGGGGGCCUAAAGCAGCGACCCAUCCAGCCCUCUUUCACCAAGUCCCUCUGCCGUGAGUCCCACUGGAAGUGCCUCCUGCUGUCGCUGCUCAUGUACGGCUGCCUGGGGGCAGUGGCCUGGUGCCACGUCACCACAGUGACCCGCCUCACCUUCAGCAGCGCCUACCAGGGCAACAGCCUCAUGUACCAUGACAGCCCCUGCUCCAACGGCUAUGUCUACAUCCCCCUGGCCUUCCUGCUCAUGCUGUAUGCUGUCUACCUGGUGGAGUGUUGGCAUUGCCAGGCCCGCCAUGAGCUGCAGCACCGUGUGGAUGUGAGCAGCGUGCGGGAGCGUGUGGGCCGCAUGCAGCAGGCCACGCCCUGCAUCUGGUGGAAGGCCAUCAGCUACCACUACGUCCGCCGCACCCGCCAGGUCACCAGGUACCGCAAUGGAGACGCUUAUACCACCACCCAGGUCUAUCACGAACGCGUCAACACGCACGUGGCCGAGGCCGAGUUCGACUAUGCCCGUUGCGGCGUCCGGGAUGUGUCCAAGGCGCUGGUGGGGCUGGAGGGUGCGCCAGCCACGCGGCUGCGAUUCACCAAGUGCUUCAGCUUCGCCAGCGUGGAGGCGGAGAACGCGUACCUGUGCCAGCGCGCUCGCUUCUUCGCGGAGAACGAGGGCCUGGACGACUACAUGGAGGCGCGUGAGGGCAUGCACCUGAAGAACGUGGACUUCCGAGAGUUCAUGGUAGCCUUCCCGGACCCGGCGCGGCCGCCCUGGUAUGCGUGCUCGUCGGCCUUCUGGGCCGCAGCGCUGCUCACGCUGUCGUGGCCGCUGCGCGUGCUGGCCGAGUACCGCACCGCCUACGCGCACUACCAUGUGGAGAAGCUCUUCGGCCUCGAGGGCCCGGGCUCGGCAGGCGGCCUGAGCCCCGGCGAUGAGCUGCUGCCCCCGCUGGCGCACCGCCUGCCGCGCGUGGACACGGUGGACAGCACGGAGCUUGAGUGGCACAUACGCUCCAACCAGCAGCUCGUGCCCAGCUACUCGGAAGCGGUGCUCAUGGACCUGGCGGGCCGCAGCGCACAUGCACGGGGCUUCACGCCCUCCUGUCGCUAUGGCGGUGUGGGUGGCCCUGGUGCGGCCCCGCUGCGUCGCAGCUGUGAGCAGUGCCAGCGCGUGGCCAGCAGCUCCUCCAUUUUCUCGCGCAGCGCGCUCAGCAUCUGUGCCAGCCCACGCGCAGCCCCAGGUUCCGGUGGGGGUGUGGGGGGCGCGGGCAGCCGCUUUUCGCUGGGCCGCCUCUACGGCUCGCGGCGCAGCUGCCUGUGGCGCAGUCGGAGCGGCAGCGUCAACGAGGCCAGCUGUCCCACGGAGCAGACGCGUCUAUCUAGCCAGGCCAGCAUGGGGGACGACGAGGACGAUGACGAGGAGGAGGCUGGGCCGCCCCCGCCCUACCACGAUGCGCUCUACUUCCCCGUCCUCAUUGUGCACCGACAGGAGGGGUGCCUGGGCCACAGCCACCGGCCGCUGCACCGCCACGGCUCCUGCGUGGAGACUUCACUGUGACCCGGGCCCCCGGAUGGGUCCACGCGUCCCUCGCUGGACUGUGCCCCGCCUGGAGCAGGGGAGUGCGGCAGCCUGGGGUCACCCAGGCUGGGCGGGGAAGGAACGGGACAGGAGGGUGCUGGAGAGACCUCACAGGGCGGAGAGCCACCCGCCUUGGACAUAGAGACAGAGGGUGGGAGGGCGUGGCUCCCCAGAACCCCAGCCACUCCCACAGUUCAUGAAGGCACACCCCCUCUCCACACAUCAGAUGUCUCCUGUGCAGCCUCCCAGCGGCCUGACUGUUAGUGGCAACUAUGCAGGGAGUUGGGGGAACUCGGGCCGAGCCUCCCCUGGAGAGUGUGUCGCCUGUGGGCAGCAGGAGGGUGUGGAGAUACAGGAAGGGCACCUGGGACUUUCCUGACUCUUGGGACCUCUCUUGGGAACAGCAGGGAUGGCUGCCACCCAGCUGAUGCAUUCAGUGGGUCCGAGGCCAGGGCCAGGUGGCAGUCCCAACACAGUCCCCUCACCGUGGCAAUGUGGCUGUUCUCUUCUUGUCAUUGGCCCCAGAGCUCUGGACUUCCUUCCUCCCUCUUCCUGCACUGUUGUUUGUCACUUGGCCCCAGGAGCAGGUCCUGAGGGACUGUGCUCAUGGCACCAACGUCACUCACCUCUAUCCUCUGGGGGCAGGGAGCCUCUGCCCUUUCUGGAAACUCUGUAGCCUCCUCUCUGGGUUCCAGUGGGCCCUGGUGCCACCUGGGGGGCUGGCGUUAAAGCUGGCCAGGGUGAGUGACACAUGAGAUACACCUGGAUGACAGGUGGGCGCUGGGGCACAGAGGGCAGUGAAGGGCGGAGAGAGAGGACCUCUGAGGGUGCCCUUGCCUCCAAGACCUGUGGGGAGGAGUGGCACAGUCUUGCCUCUGUGGGCUGAGGACCUGGUCAUUGGCCCAAGCUGGAGGAACGCUCGACUCCAGUGGCAGGGCCUGAGACAGGAGUUAUCCAACUCUGCCAGACUUCUCCAUCUCCCUUUAUGCCCUGAGCAGAAGCCCUGCUGUGUGUCCCAGGGUCUUCAGAGGGGGACCCUGCCCCUGCCUGGGGGCAUUGGCCCUGUCCUCUUCCCCAGAGAUCCAUACUGACGUUUCUUCCCCGUGCUUCCUACCACCUGCCCCGAUGUGCUUGGUGUGCAUGUCUUUGUACAGCCCUUUGCCUUCCCAGCUACCCGGCUCCUUUCCCAGCAGACUUAGCGCCUGGGGACCAGGCUCACAUCUCAGCCUAGAGAGGAUGACCUUGGGCACCCAGACACUGUGCCCCUGAUGCUUCUUGCUUCUCUGCUGCCAUCAGAGCUCUGCUGUUGGCCUCUCUUGGCCACUUCCUGCCGGGCCUCCCCCUGCCCGGCCAGGCCUGUACCUGUUUGGGGAUGUGGCCUCCACCUAUGCAACAUCACUUCUAGCUCCUGCUCUCCUCAGGAGGACAUGAGAUGGGGGCAGACUGUGGGGACAAUGUAGCCUGUGGGUCAUCAGGGGUUGGGCUUUCCAGGUGCACAGAGAUAGGGAGGAGAAGCCAGAGAGGAAGUGGUCUGGGCAGAAGGGCACAGCUGCCCGCCUGCCUGCCAGCUCACAAACCCACUGGGACCCUGAGUCUGUGCUCCUCCGGGCCUGGCAGUGGGAGCACCCCUUCUGGGAGGUGCAGUGGGUCCCCGUUAUUAUUUCACCUGUAUCAACCAUUUCUGCUAGGUGUGCUCACCCAGUCAGCCUCGCCUCCCACAUACGCACAGACUUAGAGAGAAACCGAUUCUUUGGUCUAUUUUCUUGGUAGCUUUUAUUGAUUGCCAGGGAAAACGAAUACCAGAAAAUUAAUUAAUCUCUAAAAUUAAACUUUACACUGAAUGUUCUUGUUUCUCUAAUUAGAACCUCUGCUAGCAGUGGUGGCCACACACACACACACACACCCUCACACUUACACGUUUGCACUCUGAAACUGUUCGAGGGUGUCAGGCACGAAGGAUUUGAGGCCACCCAGACGGGCACACGUGCGUUACCCCCUCCAACCCCCUGUGGUGCUCUGCUCAGCAUCUGCUUGUUGGAAGGGGUCCCUGGAGAGUGAGCACCCCUGGGCUGUGACUGGAACUCGUGACUCAGCCCUGGGGAUCCUGGGUCUGACCAUCAGGCCCCUUGGGCAUACUGGCUGAUGUGAUUCCUGUGGAUGUGGCUAGGCUGGGGAGCUGCAGAGUGACAGGGACUCACGCAGGGCACCUGGAAGGCUCCCUGUAUCCGGGGAUAAGGGCUGUCAGGCGGGCUGGGCCUGGCCGGGAGGAGACAGGUCUCUGUCAUUUGGGUGCAUCACACUGUGGCCUUUCUGUCGUGGAUUUCCAAGCGCAAAGAUUGUACAAAUCUAACUGGUGGAUAAUAAAGUUGCGAUGACUCACCGA